CAGGCAGGAUCGCGGAUAUUUUCAGGCAAUUCGUUUUUGACUUAUAUAGCGAUAAUACGUAUAAAGUAGUGCUCAAGAUUUAUAUUUUAGUAGAUAAUUAUUAUGUGAAACAUGAUUCAAAGUACGCAUAUGCUUCCAUUCUUUGGAAUUACAUGCAUCCUAUUUCUAACCGGAAUUGCUUCUUCAACUGAUGCGAAUUUAUCUCAAGUACCGCAGUGUUACCAUCCGAUAGAAUAUCGUAUAAAUGUUUCAGCAAACGUACAAAACAAUUCUCUCACUGUUGAUUCUCGUGUCAAACUGAACGUUUCAUGUGUACUGCAAGAUAUACAAUUAUAUUUCGGACGUUACCUGAAUGAUUUCUACUAUGGUACCGUCGAUAAUGUCUUUACUGAUACUUCAGUGGAAUGGGUACUACAUGUGCUAUUUUCUGAAACAAGUGAUUCAUUCGGUGACAUGAUUCGUAUAACAAAAUAUCAAAACAACUCUAAAACAACUGUACAGAAAAGAAGUAUACUACCUGGAAUAUACUGGAUCAAUGUAAAGUAUAAUUGGAUUUUAGACAAAAGUGCAAUGAUCUUUGAAAAAGAAACAAAAGACAAAUAUUUGAUUUUGCCGCGUAUACCCGCUGACUGGAUAUUUCCGUAUUGGACGAAUCCCACAACCAAGGCUAAAUUUACAAUUCAAAUUAAACAUGAUCACGAUCAAACAGUUCUAUCAAAUAUGCCUGGUGACAAAAUAGUGCAAAACGAUCAACUUUAUACUUUAUUUCGUACGACACCUAAAAUAUCCACUCAUUUGGUAGCAACAGCAAUCGUACCUUCGGAGUGUACUACACACGUCGACGUGUUAAAUACAGGCACUAUACAAAGCAGAUUCCAAGUGAAAAACGACAUUUCAUACGCAGUAUUUCUUAUACAAAAUUUUACGACAUCCAUCGGUCACAAGAUAGAGAAUAUCACAUCAAAUUCAUACGUGCACUAUGUAGCACUUCCAAUCAAUUUCUACAAUUACGAAACUAUAGUAACUACUGGACUUGUAUUCUUCAGAGACGCUAAUAUUGCAUACAAUUUCGAGGUAGAUUCGAUUAUAAAAAAAAAAGAAGUAACACUUGUGGUUGUGCGCAGUGUGAUGCAAGAAAUGUUCGGUGAAUGGUUACUGACAUUAAAAAACUCUGAUUCUUGGUUUAUAGAAGGGUUUUUGUCAUUUUACGGAGUUUAUUUGAACGAUCAGAUUGCUACUGAGACUUUACUGAAGUCGAUUGUAAUCCAGACACGACGAGAAGUUUUUGAAUAUACGCAAGCAUGUAUCGAAUAUGAUAUACAAAUAGAAGAGAAUUUAUUUCUUUACAAUAUAACGUUUAGUAAAAUGUGGAAAGGAAAAGCUUUCAAUAUAUUUUCUAUGAUGAAUACUUUGUUCCAUAACAAAAAUGUUUUAUACAACUCUAUUUUUGAGGAAGCGAUGAAAUUAUAUUCUACCAAUAGGAAUACGUUAAACAAUACAUACAAUAAACAGUCAUUUUUUGAUAAUUUAUGGAAUAAUUUAGUAGUACUGCCGGCCGUAUAUAACAAUAGCCUUUUAAUGAAUAUAAAUAUAAAAAAUGUGAUACAUUCUUGGAUAACACAAGAUGGUUACCCUGUGGUACAAGUAACACCAGACAAUGACACACAGUCUUUGAUAAUAAAAAUUAUAGACUGUGUAACAGUCACUAAAAAGGAACUGUGUCAACACAAGUGGUGGAUACCUGUAACUUAUGUAACAAUAUCAAGAAAUGAGCGUAGUACACGCUAUCAUGUGUGUUUAACUCCAGAAAGAAAAACUAUCUAUGUUCCGCACUUUGAAGAUGAUUUUAUUAUAAUCACAGAGCAAAAUGGAUAUCGCGUCAACUACGAUUAUAAAUCUUGGAAAAAUAUUGCUUCUUUCCUGAAAAAUCCGAAAUCUAUAUAUUGGAAUGUAUCUGAGUUAUCUGACUCUACUUUAGCCCAACUUCUCGACGAUGCUUUUUAUUUUUUAAUACAAAAUACAAAGUACAACGAACAUCCAGUUGCAGGAGAUAGUAAUAUAGACAUAUUUUUCAAUCUUGCAAGCAAUGUACUUUACGUAAAAAAUUCAUACAUAACAUGGUAUCCGAUAUUCACUGCUCUUCAAUACGUAUCAAAAGUUUUUCCGUUUCUAGAAAGCGCAAAAAUUAAGGAUACCAUAAUAGAAUUAUUAUAUAGUUUUCUUGAAAAGACAUCACACAAAAAUGUUUCCGAGAAUAGCGUUGAUAAUCAAUUAUAUCACGAAGUUCUAAAAUGGACAUGUAUUCUUGAUGGUGUAAAGUGCAAAGAACAUCUCACUGAUAUAUUGAACUGGCAUUUCAAAAAUCCUGUACAAAACAAAUUGUUGCCAAGUUGGCAGAAAUGGAUAUAUUGCCAAGGUGUGAUAAAAGAAAUACUGAUGGAUGUGAAGUGGAAAAUAAUACAGGACAUGUACAUGUUACAAGAGAAAAAAGAUCAAUACGUGCAAGGUUUAUUUUGUCGUGACCUGCAUUAUACUAUAGAAACUUUGCGUGUGGAACUACUUGUAAGACGUAAUUUAGUUAAAGAAAGUGAUUCUGUUUCCAUUCUUUUCGAUACUGUUGCAAGACAUGUAAAGGAUUUUUUUUCACUGAACACUAUACUAAGCAAAAUACAAAAUAGAUUUCCAAGAAAGAUGAGUCUCCUUGCAGUUGUUAAUUUUAGUAUUAAUCACGUAUAUUUAGAUGAUGAUAUUGAAAAGGUUACUAAGGCUGUAGUACUGCUUUUAAAAUACCUGGUCGGCGUAUAUGAUGUACACAUGGCACUGUUCAUAAACGACAUCAUAGCAAAAAAGGUUGAUUCUCGCCGUAGGUUUGUAAGUAGAACACGAGAUAACAUUCGUAAUAAAGUCCACGACUUAUUUGAUUACAAAAAUAUGAAAAAGUAAGUGGUUUUUAAUGUUUGUGUGCUAUUUUUUUAUUUAACUAAAAAAGACUAUUUGUACAUG